AUGCGUUUGUGUCUGGAGGACAAACACCAUGAUGCUGCUCAUGAAAUCAUUGAGACCAUUCGAUGGGUCUGCGAAGAAAUACCGGAUCUCAAGCUUGCCAUGGAAAAUUAUGUUUUAAUUGACUAUGAUACUAAAAGCUUUGAAAGUAUGCAGAGACUCUGUGACAAGUAUAACCGAGCCAUUGAUAGCAUUCACCAGCUGUGGAAAGGAACCACCCAGCCUAUGAAAUUGAACACUCGGCCAUCCAAUGGGCUUCUUCGACAUAUCUUGCAGCAAGUAUAUAACCACUCAGUCACAGAUCCCGAGAAACUCAACAACUAUGAGCCCUUUUCUCCAGAGGUGUAUGGAGAAACUUCAUUCGACUUAGUUGCCCAAAUGAUUGAUGAGAUUAAAAUGACAGAGGAUGAUUUGUUUGUUGAUUUGGGCAGUGGAGUGGGACAGGUGGUUUUGCAAGUAGCUGCAGCCACAAACUGCAAACAUCACUACGGUGUGGAGAAGGCAGACAUCCCGGCGAAGUAUGCGGAGACAAUGGACAGAGAAUUCAGAAAAUGGAUGAAAUGGUAUGGGAAGAAGCAUGCAGAAUACACACUGGAAAGAGGUGACUUCCUUUCAGAAGAAUGGCGGGAAAGAAUUGCAAACACAAGUGUUAUUUUUGUGAAUAAUUUUGCCUUUGGUCCUGAGGUGGAUCACCAACUGAAGGAGCGAUUUGCUAACAUGAAGGAAGGUGGCAGAAUCGUGUCCUCCAAACCUUUUGCACCUCUAAACUUUAGAAUAAACAGUAGAAACUUGAGUGAUAUUGGCACUAUAAUGAGAGUUGUGGAACUAUCACCACUGAAAGGGUCGGUUUCAUGGACUGGCAAGCCAGUUUCUUACUACCUGCAUACUAUUGAUCGAACCAUACUUGAAAACUAUUUUUCUAGUCUCAAAAAUCCAAAACUCAGGGAGGAGCAGGAGGCAGCUCGCCGCCGGCAGCAAAGAGAAAGCAAGAGCAACACGACGACUCCGACGAAGGUCCAAGAAAACAAGGGAACUGUCGCAUUGGAGCCUCGAGCGGAUUCUGGUGCUGAAGAAGAUAAAAAUGGGACGGCUGCUCUUAAAAAGCCAUCUCCUUCCAAGCCUCGCAAAAAGAAGUUAAACAAAAAAGGAAGGAAGAUGGCAGGAAGAAAACGUGGACGUCCCAAGAAAAUGAGUGCUGCAAACCCUGAACGGAAACCCAAGAAGACUCCAACUGCACUGGAGCUUCUACAUGCUCAGACUGUGUCCCAGGCAGCUGCAUCCUCUCCUCAGGAUGCAUACAAGUCACCUCAUAGUCCAUAUUAUCAACUACCUCCUAAAGUACAACGGCAUUCCUCCAACCAGCUAUUGGCAACACCAACCCCACCUGCACUCCAGAAGCUAUUAGAAUCAUUUAAGGUUCAGUACCUGCAGUUCCUGGCCUACAUGAAAACCCCUCAGUACAAGGCAAACCUGCAGCAGUUGGUGGAGCAGGAGAAGGAAAAGAACACUCAGUUGUUAGGCACAGCCCAGCAGUUGUUCAGCCACUGUCAGGCUCAGAAAGAGGAGAUCAAGAGAUUGUUUCAACAGAAACUUGAUGAGUUGGGAGUUAAGGCUCUGACCUACAAUGAUCUGAUACAAGCUCAGAAAGAGAUCUCUGCUCACAACCAACAACUAAAAGAACAGACAAAGCAGCUAGAAAGUGAUAACAGUGAACUCAGGAACCAAAGCUUGCAGCUGCUUAAGGCUCGGUGUGAAGAACUGAAGCUGGAUUGGUCUACUCUCUCACUGGAAAAUUUGCUGAAGGAGAAGCAGGCACUGAAGAAUCAAAUUUCAGAGAAGCAAAAGCACUGUCUGGAACUUCAGAUCAGCAUUGUGGAGCUUGAGAAAAGCCAAAGGCAGCAAGAGCUACUGCAGCUGAAAUCCUACGCACCGGCUGAUGAGGCCCUGUCCGUCCACCUGCGAAGUAAAAGCAGCUUCAGCCGCGAGCUGGAGACUGACCCUGCCAGGUUCCAGCUGGAGCUCGAAUGCUCCAAGUUGUCCUUGCCCCACAUCAAUAGCAUGAGCCCCGAACUCUCUAUGAAUGGCCAUGCAGCCUCCUAUGAGAUUCAUAGUAUGCUUAGCCGACCUUCUUCCAAACAAAACACUCCACAGUAUCUGACCUCCCACCUGGACCAAGAAAUAGUUCCUUGCACCCCCAUUCAUAACAACAGACAGAAGGCAGACAAACUGUCAAGCUUGUCCUUACCUGAUUACACCAGGUAUUCCCCUGCUAAGUUAGCCCUAAGGAGACACUUGAAUCAGGAUCAUGUAGUCCAUGGAAAAGCUACAACUAAUGAAAUACACCACAGAGCUGAACAUGCAAAAGAGAAUGGCCUGACAUAUCAGAGUCCUGGUAUGUCAAAUGGCCUAAAGCUGAGCCCUCAGGAAACUCGGCCUUCCUCCCCCUCGGCCUUACAGAUUGCAGGAGAGAAGAGCAGUGACAAGGUUUUAAAAGAGAGAGCCUAUGCCAGCAAUGGAGAAACAAUCACCAGCCUCCCUAUCAGUAUUCCUCUCAGCACAGUGCAGCCCAACAAACUUCCUGUCAGUAUCCCAUUGGCCAGUGUAGUGUUGCCUAGCCGUGCGGAGAAAGUGAGGAACACGCCUAGUCCAGUUCAUCAGAAUCGAGACUCUACUUCAGCAACACUUGAGAAACAGUUUGGUGCUAAUUCCCAUAAUGGUAUGAACAGUGCUGUAGGAAACAAGUCCCUUGCUUUGGCUACCUCAGGUUUUUCUUAUAGUGGCUCCUUGGCAGUCAAUGGCACGCUUUCCAGUAGCCCAGCCCAUCUUAACCAUGGUGCUGAGCAGGCAGCCCUAGACGAUUCUUCCAAUUCAGGGAGCCUCUUUAAUUCAGUGGGUUCCCGGAGCUCUACACCACAGCAUCCUUCUUUACUCAUGAUGCAGUCCCGCAACUCUGGCCAGAACUCUCCGGCCCACCCGCUUGCUGCCAGCCCUCGCCUCAAUGGAGCUUCUCAAAGCAUGAUGGGGAUUUUGCAGUACUCGGAUACUCCAAAAUUGUUCUCUGAAGGGAACCUGAAGCAGUCUCCUUCCAACAAACACAGUCCUCUGACAGCUAGCAUUCGCACAGACUGUGGACAGGCUUGUGUGCAGGAGGGCAAGAAGAGGGGCAGAAGGAAGCGGUCUUCCACAGGGAAUCCUGGUGUGAAUUCUGCGGUAUCUCCCAAGCGCAAGCCCUUACCGUCUGUGGCAGGCCUCUUCACCCAGUCUUCAGGCUCACCCCUCAAUAUUAACUCUAUGGUCAAUAACAUUAAUCAGCCUUUAGAAAUAACAGCCAUUUCCUCCCCUGAAAACUCCCUGAAGAACUCUCCUAUUCCUUACCAGGACAACGACCAGCCUCCUGUGCUGAAAAAGGAGAAGCCCUUGAUCCAGACGAAUGGGGCGCAUUACUCGCCCCUGACCUCCGAUGAAGAGCAAGGAUCUGAAGAUGAGCACAACAGCACCAGGAUUGAAAGGAAAAUUGCAACAAUCUCUUUAGAGAGCAAGUCUCCCCAGAAAACAGAAAAUGGUGGUGGCCUUACAGGAAGGAAGCAAACCCAACUGACCGAAGGCAUCAACAGUAGUAAAUGGAAGUCUACCUUUUCACCAAUAUCAGACAUCAACCUUACCAAAACAUCUGACAGCCCCUUACAGGCAGCUUCGUCCCUGAGCCAGAAUUCCCUGUUUGCCUUCCGGCCAUCCUCAGAGGAUACAGUGGCUAUUGAUGCCAAGAUCUCUGUGCACACAAGGAAAAACUUCCCUAGUUCAUUGUCAGGGACGGAUGGUCUCAGUCCCAACACAAACUCCUCCAAUGGAUUCUCAUAUGCUGGGGGCCUGUCAGCUGCUGACAUGAGUUUACACAGCUUUCACGAUGGUGCUUCUCUUUCUCACAAAACCACUGAGGUGGCCAGCUUAAGCUCCCCUCUGGGUUUUCAGGCACAGCGGAGCAAAGACAGCUCAGACGCCAACCCUUUUCUGAACAAGAGGCAGCUGGAUGGCCUGGGAAGUAUGAAAGGGGAAGAGCUACAGAGGGCCGGAGGCAGAAGCAAAGAGGUGCUCGACAUGGGCCUGCAGCUGGGGGGCCCUUCUGACAAGGGUUCCUUGCAGCACAAUGGCAAGGCUGGCAAAGGACGGGACCGAGAUUUGGAGUUUAAAAAUGGCCACAAUCUUUUCAUUUCUGCUGCUGCCGCCGCCGUACCUCCAGGAGGCCUCCUCAAUGGCAAGGGCCUUUCCAGCACGGCCUCUGCGGCUGGCCACCCUGCUUCUUCUGUUUCGACGCACCACCCUUUCCUAAACACUUUCACCACUGGAUCCCAGUUUCCCCUGGGCCCUAUGUCCCUGCAGGCCAACCUCAGCUCGGUGGCAGGCUCUUCAGUAUUGCAGUCUUUGUUUAAUUCCAUGCCCGCUGCUGCCAGUUUGGUCCACGUGUCGUCAGCUGCGACCAGAUUGACAAAUUCUCACGCAAUGGGAAACUUCUCUUCUGGGGUUACAGGUGGAACAGUUGGAGGUAACUAGAAUUUCUACCUCAACCCCAUGUGACCUAUGCAAGGACAUCGUGGACCAACUCACUCAGCUUCCACUGAAAGGUGCUCACCUGGCCUGCAAAGGUUUCAACACACAAACUACUGGAUGACAACGUAAACAAAAUUUUUUUAAAGUACGACAGAGUAAAGAAUAUUCUACUGUGAAUCGGAGUUUAAAAAGAAACUGCAGAAGAAAUGACUUAAAGGCUCCAGUUUGUAUUGUUGAUAGUUUUAGAUAAAGUAUUUAUCAUUUUUUAAAAAGUAAAAACAAUUUUGACUUAUUUUAUUCCAUCUAAGUCGUAAAAGGCAACUUAUUAAGAAAAUAUAAAUAACUAUAUAUAAGAAUAUAUAUAAAUAAAUAAGAUAUAUAUAAAGGACUGGCACACCAGCAGAGAUGUCAACAGCCUGUUCUCGGUGCUAUUUCAUCCAUCAGAACUGUGCCUCUGUAGUUCUCCUUGGUGCUGACUUUCGAGGGUUGACCAAUGCCAAAUACAGUUCUCGGGAAAGUCCGCUUUAUUUAUUCAAGUCACUCUGUUCAUUUACCAAAGGCUUUACCUGUCCUGAAAAAGUGAGGGCAAAAAAAGUUGGUGUGGGUUUGGGGCCUUGGUGGUUUUUGUUUUUGUUUUUGAAAACAACUCCUUUAAGCAGCUAUUCUGUUUGACCACUGUUCUCCAUUUUCUUGACCAGCUGCUAGGCUGCCUGGUCUUUGAUCCUUGUUAGCAUCCACCCAAACAGUUCAUCCUGAACUGAGAAUACCUUAAGCUAGUUUCAUUAAAUGUUUUCCUUGUCCCCUUCACAUGCCCUCAUCACUGAGUUCCCCUGUCACUGUGAAGUUUACCUGCUAUACUGUUAAUGCUUUUAGCCCUUUAUUUUGGGGAUGUCAUUGGCAUAUGAACAGGGUGUAUAAUGACUGGUGUUGGUCAGGCCCAUUUUAAUUCUUCAUGGUGACAUUGGACAUUAAUUCCUAAGCUGGGGCAAGUUUUGCUUUCUCAGCUUUUGUUGUUUUUGUUCAAAGUAUUCUGUAUUUUGUUAGUAAUUUUUUGAUACUUGACCCCCAGAUGGCUUGGCCUUUGUACUAAGUGCAUUUGCUUUUGUAUUUCUUUGCUUUUCAGUAGGUUUAAAUGGUAGUUCUCUCACAUAUACACACACACACACAUACACACACAUACACACAAAUCCCACACAACUAUCUUAUUAUGCACCGAUCUGAUGAUGUGGCGACAAAUUAGUUGUCUUAUGACCUGGUGUUCUCUGUACAGAAAAGUGUCACGCUAUGGAAGUGACAGUAUUUUAUAGAGAGAUGAUGAAAAUUUAUAAAUUUCAUAUACUUGAUUUCAUUUAUUUUUAGAUUGUAUAAUGCACAGUAAACUUUUAAAAAAAAAGAGAGGAAAAAAUUACAAAACAUUUUUAUUUAUUCAAGUGCACAAAAAAGGGUAUAGGUUCCAUUUUUAAGCUUCUCAUUUUGAGACUAGGUAUCAUGGACUGGACCAAGUACUCGGAUAGGAAAUUUCGGCAAUAACCAUGAAUUGCAGUAGUAUAUCGACUAGACCCAAUGUACCCCUGCCUAAGCAAGUGUUCUGUCAUGGCUGGCAGAGGCUUUUGAAGCCUUUUGGCCUCCUUGAAUCCAUUCCUGCAAAACUUAACGAAGCAUCCUGUUUUCAUACGCAGACCUGGGAUGGAGAAACAAAUUUCCUCCUCAGCUCUUCUUACCUACCUUGAUUGAUUUCUUCUGCUUGGCCACAUCGUGUUAGGCUUCAUCAAUUAAUUGGCAAUGAAUUAAAUGGCUAAUUUUGAUAAUA